GACUAUCGCUUGUUUUUAAAAUAAAAAAAUUGCACCAUACAGGCAAGCUUGAGUUUAAGGUUGCUAGGCCUGAACCCUAAUAAUCAAAGGGCGGUUAUCUAAGGUUUUACACUCUCCUAAAUGGGCUUCAUAAAACAGCUAUCAGAGGUUUAGGGAAAGAAAAAAAAUACAAUUGAGUAGGUAGGAAAAAAGUUAUUUAUUAUCCUAAAUUAUUUGCAUACUGACUUGACAAAGAAGUAGCCACCAUCUCUCCCCUGUUUGUUCUAAUCUCGAGUAUAUCUUGUAAGUUUUCUUGCUCGACAAGAACCAAAAGCUUUUAGACGACCCAAUAUUUUUGUACGUGCACACCAUAAUACAGCUACGUAUAUCAAUCAGAGAGAGAGAGAGAAUGCUUCCAUUGUUAAAACUUGGAACACUAGCCUUACGAACUAUUUCCAGGCCCAUUGCUAGAAGGCUCAAAGUAGAGGCUGGCUUACACCCCAGGUUUCGUGACUAUAUCAUCAGCUUUGCCCAGGCAAACUAUCGUUUCGGAACAAAUGUACAAAGACGUCUAUAUGGACGGGCAACAGAUGUUGUGAUCCGUCCUAUGGAUGAAGAAAAAGCUGUUGGAGCUGCUGCAGAGCUUCUUGGGGAACUUGUUAUCUUCACGGUUGCAGGACUUGCUAUAAUCUUUGAGGUGCAAAGAAAUGCUAGAUCAGAAGCUAGAAAGGAGGAACAGCGCAAGCAAGAAAUAGAGGCAAUGAAGCAAAAGGGCACAAAUUUAGAAAAAGAAGUGCAAUGUCUAAAGGCCAAACUGCAAGAGAUGGAGCAACUUGUCCAGAGAAGAAGCUGGCUAGAUCUCAUCAGGUUCUGGCAAUCCCAAGCACUAGAAGAGCACAAGUCAGCAAGGUUUGAGUGAAUGAUGUUUUAAGACUUUUGUUACUCUCCUUCCUUGUAUAAACAUGCUAAUGAUAAAGAGAAAAACUUACCUGCA